GCUGGCACCAAGGCCGGUGAUAACUUGCCCGUGCUAUUCUGGAUCUUUGGCGGUGGCUUCGAACUGGGUAGUCCCGCCAUGUACGACGGCAGCAGUUUGCUGGGCACAGGCAUCGACCAAGACCAGCCCUUCAUCUUUGUGGCUGUCAACUAUCGUGUUGCCGGUUUCGGCUUCAUGCCCGGCGCCGAGAUCCUCGCAGAUGGCAGCGCGAAUCUCGGUCUGCUGGACCAGCGCAUGGGACUCGAGUGGGUUGCGGACAACAUUAAGUCUUUCGGUGGUGAUCCCGACAAGGUCACCAUCUGGGGCGAAUCUGCAGGCGCCAUCUCCGUGCUCGACCAGAUGGUCCUUUACGGCGGCGAUGCCAACUACAACGGCAAGCCACUGUUCCGGGGCGCCAUCAUGAACUCGGGAAGCGUCGUUCCUGCGGCCCCUGUGGAUGGCAUCAAGGGCCAGGCCAUCUACGACGCCGUCGUCAAGAGCGCCGGCUGCACCAAGGCCGCCGACACGCUCGAGUGUCUCCGUGGUCUGGACUACGACGACUUCCUCGACGCUGCCAACUCUGUCCCCGGAAUCCUGUCGUACAACGCCCUUGCUCUCUCCUACCUCCCCCGGCCGGAUGGCAAGGUGCUUCCCGACAGCCCCGAGGUACUCAUCCAAACGGGCCGCUACCACGCUGUUCCCAUGAUCAACGGCGACCAAGAGGACGAGGGCACUCUGUUCGCCCUCUUCCAGCCGAACCUGACCACGACCAGCCGUCUGGUCAGCUACCUCCAGGAGUUCUUCUUUGACGACGCCACCACGGCCGAGCUCACCACCUUCGUCAACACCUACUCCACCGCCCUCAGCGCCGGCAGCCCGUUCCGCACCAGCAUCUUCAACGAGAUCUUCCCCGGCUUCAAGCGCCGCGCCGCCAUCCUCGGCGACCUCGUCUUCACCCUCACCCGGCGCCUCUUCCUCCAGAGCGCCAUCAACGUCAACCCCACCGUGCCCGUCUGGUCCUACCUGGCCAGCUACGACUUCGGCACCCCGAUCCUCGGCACGCUGCACGGCUCGGACAUCCUGCAGGUCAUUUUCGGCCUGGUGCCCAACCACGCCAUGCGCAGCAUCCGCACCUACUACUUCAACUUCCUGUACAACCUCGACCCCAACGAGGGCGUCUCCGGCUACGAUACCUGGCCCGAGUGGAAGGACGCCAAGGAGCUCAUGUGGUUCAAGUCUGCCGAUUCGAAUGAUAUCCUCGAUGAUGAUUUUAGGAGCGACUCGUAUAAUUGGAUUGCGAAGAAUGUUGAUGUUUUGCACAUUUAGGCCAAGGGUUAAAAGCUGCGCGGUCAUGUAUAUAGUUUGGGUCUAGGGAAUCCACAAGAGUAGGGAUUGGUAUUGUACUUAGCUGGGAUAUCCAGACUCUGUAUCAAAUAUCCACUCUUUGAAUGUAAAUAUCAAUUAUGAGAGCACGUAGCA